CACAUCCAUUCAUCCAUCCUCAACACCCAGUACUUCCUCACAUCAUUACACCUUUAAUCAAAUUGUUGUGAUUGGUUGAGGUGCAGUCCUUGCUAGUGAAAUAGCUAACUAGUGUAUUUAUUCCUGGUUAACCCAUCUUGUCCUGUAACCCUCCCUUUCCCUGCCCCUCAUCCACUCACCUUCCUACCUCAUCCCUCCCUCUGCUCAUCCCUAUUCACUCAUCCUCUCUUAUUCAAUUCUGUGCGCACCUCACCUUUCUCCAGGUGCCGUCGGGGGCCCAUAAUCAGCUCAGGUGACACGAAGCCUGAGACAGAUCCCUGAACCCGAGUCUCAGAAUCAUUAGGUAAUGAUUAGUUCAUAAAUAUCUGUGAAUCGACAUACUGACCUCAAGUGCUCCCUCAAGUAAAGUUAUACAUCCCACUGAGUGGUUGUUAAGUUGUCCCUCAUCACUUCACAAUUAACUUUCUGUUACUGCUACUGUUAAAGUAAUGCAUCAAGAAGCUACUGUUUACUGGGGAAUUCACAAUUCAUUCCUUAAUAACAAACCAGAAACAGCAGGAUUCUCAGAAAGUGUUUAAUCGUCAUAUUCAGAGCACAUAUACAUUAAUAUUCACAGCCACAUGCCAUGUACUAUACAGUUAGACUAGAUAAAUUAGACCUCAACCAAUUCUUGGGAAAUGUAAACAACAUUUUUGCCAGCUGAAAUCCAAACCCACACCUCUUACUGUGAGAUUGUAACAAAGGAGCUGUUUGCCAGGGAGGCGAGCUGCUGCAGAGGUUGAUUAGCACAAGUGGCUGUGCCUGGUGAGAACUGUGUGAAGUGUAGAAACGUAAAGUUAUAUAUAUAUAUAUAUAUAUAUAUAUAUAGAAAAUGUACAGUAUGCAUUAAUGCAGCUUUAAUAUGUUAGUAAUGUGGUGUGGAGAGAAACCAAUGAAUAGUAUACACAGUAGAAUGAGUCUGGUAAUGUGAUAUACUGUACAGCAGGCAGGUGUGUAAUCUGUACAGUGUAAAAGAGGACAGUGUUCUGUUGUAAAGGCUCAGAGGUCAGUACAAUCAUAUAGAUAAUGGGAAGUGAAAAUAAUGAAGGCAGCAGCAGAAUGACGAUGAAAAGUGUGUAUGUGUGUGUGUGUGUGUGUGUGUGUGUGUGUGUGUGUGUGUGUGUGUGUGUGUGUGUGUGUGUGUGUGUGUGUGUGUGUGUGUGUAUGGGGAUGGGGGUGCAGUCAUUGCCAGUGAUGUGGAGGGGGGCUGGAGGGAGAGGGCUGUUGUUGGGAAGCAGAGUUAAUCAGGGUGGCAGCUGCAGGGAGAGCGGCCCCUGAGCCUGGGGCCCCUGCAGCGCCUCUUGGAGGGGAGAAGUGGAACUGUCCUUGGCUGUGGUUUGAUUUAUUGAUUAUUUCACGUGGUAACAGUAUCUCUGGUCACGUUGCACUGUAAUGUAGUGUCGCACCACGGAUGAGACUGAACUCAGCUCAGGUAUUGUCUGAGGGACAUUGGUGCUUGUGAAGAAUAAAGAAGAAACUUAAAGGUUUGGAAAAUGUGUCAUUCAUUCAAUCUGUACCGAAACGUGAAAAGAACAUCUUGAGAAACCACAGAGGCCUAUUUUACAGCUGGGUAGAGUCUACAUGAAACAAAACAGCCCUGCUUCCAUCUGACAUCCAGUCAGUGACCUGUGGCGUCCCUUUAGGUGACUUCAAACUGCUCCGGGUGCUGACAUGAGGUCUAAUAAACCUAUUAGGUGAAUAAAUACCACAUCACAUCAUUCAUGUUUAGUUCACUGACUGAUGACAUUUGUGGCACACAAACGCGAGAGCAUGAGAGUGUAUUUCUUUCUAGCAGCUCUUUUCUUUGGCAGAUAAGGGAGCGAUAAACACAACUUUCUCUCUGCCCAUUCGUCUUUAACGAGGAACUCCACAUUUUACACAUUAAGAUCAGGGUCCUAGUCGCGGUGAAGCUUGCCCAGCCUGUGAAGACAGCUGUGCAGUGUCCACUGUGACAACUGUCCUCUCAAGAGAAACGACGUGUCGUGUUGGGAAUGGACGAGUUCAAGCUUUAAAAGGUGAGUAUAGUUUCUGCAUGUCUUGAGGAAAUGACUUUGGUUGAGAGGUUGUUUUCAGCUUUCUAUGGAAGCCAAGCGUUGAGAGCAGAAACAAUCUGGGCUCAUCACGUUCGAUUUCUCACGUUUUAUUUACACGGUAAAUUCUUCAGUUAUGUUUUCUAUCCAUUUUAUUUCCCAACAUGAAUGUUUUAAUGUUGUUUCAAAGCCUCCUUCACUCUGCCAGGAAUGAAAUUAUGGUGGAGACCAUGUGUUAGUAUUAUUCUUUAAUAUUUGGUGAUUUCAAUCACAAAGCAUUUCUAAUUUUGACCAGAUUUCAUUCAGGCAAGCCUUUUUUAACCAGUGAUGCAUUGGGCAGUUUGAUAUAUUGUGUUAAAUGGACAAAAGGUUUAUAUUCCCAAAGCUAAGGUAUCACACAGAUCCCCAGUACCCAGUGGCACCACAGUCCUGAGACCAGGUGGAGGGCUGCGUGGCCAAAUCUUUCAAUGAAUUUGAUGUGUUUCCUUGAGGUGGCGCUGUAGAGCCCUAGAACCAGCAAGAACCCGGACUGAAGGUCCAUCAUUGAUUUCUUUUCCCUGCUGCUGGUAAGCCCUGUUUCUUUAAUUCUGUGUAAUGUGUUACCAGCUUGUGUGGGCCAUACAUUCCUGUUCUAUUUCCACUUUAAAAACACGGACUGAAGCUGUUCCUUUUCCAGAGCCUCCAUACACCGCCACAGACGAGCCCUGAGCUUUGUGCGCAGUCCCAGCUUUCUCUUGUGCUCCCUCCUGGGGACCCGUGUGGACCCUCCUGCCCCCCCUCGUCUCCUCCUCAUUUCAGGGAACCCUGUAUUGUUGUACGUAUCGGACCGUACCAAGUGCGAAAGAGAGUGGGGGUGUAUUGAUUAGUCCAGCAGUUCAGCGGUUGGACAGCUCCCGUCCGUCUGUUUUUCUGACCAUGCCCCUGGAGCUCGAGGCCCGGGCCGCACUUCACAGACUGGUUCCGGAGGUUUCUGGUCAAGGCCCGCAGGAGUGCCGGGCCGUGUGAUAAGGGAGGCGAGGAGGGAGAGGAGCGUUCACGGGGCGCAGCGCGCGGACAGCCAUUGCUCUUUGCUUUCGCUGCUAAGAAAGAAAGCCGCGUCUCGGCCGUGCAUCCCCGGAACAACAGCCGGAGGAGACCCGCCUGGACCGCCUGGACCGCCUGGACCCGCUUUAUUGUCUCUGUUUGUCUCUUUGACUGGGGGCAUUUCCUGUGAAGAUGUCUUCUCUGAGCGCGCUGUUGUUGCUGCCAGUCCUGUGUAGCAUCAUCAGCACCUCCGGCGCUGAAUCCUCAGUAUCCCGGAAGUGUGAGGACAGCUUGGCCACACCACUCCCCUACAGCUCCUUCACCAGUUCAUCAGUGUAUUCCCGAGGAUAUGGAGCUGGUUACGCCAAACUCAAUCGAAAACAAGGUGCUGGAGGCUGGUCACCCUUGGAUACAGACCGUUACCAGUGGUUACAGGUGGACCUGGGUUCUAAGAAACAGGUGGUUGCCAUAGUGACACAGGGUCGCUACAGUAGCUCUGAUUGGACAAGCAAGUAUCGGCUACUUUACAGUGACACGCAGAAAAACUGGAGGCCUUAUCUACAGGAUGGAAACAUCUGGAUGUUUGAGGGGAACGUGAACAGCGAGGGUGUGGUUCGUUAUGAGCUGCAGCACGCCAUCCUGGCUCGCUACAUCCGCUUCAUCCCAGUGGAAUGGAGCAGGGAGGGACGCAUUGGAGUACGUCUGGAGCUCUACGGCUGCUCAUAUUGGGCAGAUGUGAUCAGUUUUGAUGGCCACGGCAUCAUCUCCUACCGCUUCAGGAGUAAGAAGAUGAAGAUUGUGAAGGAUGUCAUCUCUCUAAAGUUUAGAACCACGGCUGGAGAUGGGGUCCUGCUCCACGGAGAGGGACAGCAGGGAGACUACAUUUCCCUGGAGCUCCGCAGGGCAAGACUGCAGCUCAGCAUCAACUUAGGCAGUAACCAGUAUGGCUCCAUUCAGGGUCACACCUCUGUGACCAGUGGGAGCUUACUGGAUGAUGACCACUGGCACUCAGUUGUCAUAGAGCGUUACCGUAGGAAUGUCAACUUCACUUUGGACCACCACACUCAGCAGUUCAGGACCAAUGGAGAGUUUGACCACCUCGACCUGGACUAUGAGAUCAGUUUCGGAGGGCUGCCUGUACCAGUGAAGCCGAGCUCAGGAGGCAGAGAGAACUUUGUGGGCUGCAUGGAGGGAAUCACCUACAACGGAGACAACAUCACUAACCUGGUCCGCAGGAAGAAGGUGGACACCUCCAGCUUCCGUAACCUGACAUUCUCGUGCGCUGAGUCCAACUCAUUCUCAGUCUUCUUCAACUCCACGUCCUUCCUGCGGCUGCCAGGUCAGAGUGACGGCGACACUCUGUCAGUCAGUCUGUCUUUCAGGACGUGGAACCCCAACGGUCUGCUGAUAUUCACAGCGCUGGCUGACGGCUGGGUGGAGGUGGGACUGACGGAGGGCAAGGUCACUGUCUACAUGAAUGUAACGCAGAAGAAGAACACACGUAUUGACAUCUCAUCAGGUUCUGGUCUGAAUGAUGGCCAGUGGCACAGUGUCCAUCUGAAUGCAUUGGAGAACUAUGCUAUGCUGACAGUGGAUGGAGACGAGGCAUCCACAGUCAGAACAGCCAUCCCCAUCCAGAUCCAGACUGGAGGAACCUACUACUUUGGAGGUUACUUCCAGCACACUACCACCGGAUCACAUCAGCGCUCCUUCCAGGGCUGCAUGCAGAUGAUCCACAUAGACGACCAUCUAGCUGACCUCAGGGCUGUGGAGCAGGGUCUCAUUGGAACCUUUGAAAAUGUCAGCCUGGAUAUGUGUGCCAUUAUAGACAGGUGUGUCCCUAACCACUGUGAGCACGGUGGCCGCUGUUCUCAAACGUGGGAUACAUUCAGCUGCAACUGUAGCGGCACUGGAUACACUGGAGCCACGUGCCAUACCUCGAUGUAUCAGCAGUCCUGUGAGGAGUAUAAGCACCAGGGGAAGAGCUCAGGGAUCUACUGGAUCGACCCAGAUGGCAGUGGAUCUAUCGCCCCCUUUAGAGUCAGCUGUGACAUGACAGAGGAAAAGGUUUGGACCACACUCAAGAACAACCUGUCUCCUCAGACAUCAGUAACCAGUGCAGACCAGGAGGGGAAGGCAGUGCUGCAGAUCACUUACAAUGUGACUGAUGAACAGGUGUUGUCAGUCACCAGCAGUGCAGAGUACUGUGAACAGUAUGUAGCCUACGCCUGCCGAAUGUCUCGUCUGCUCAACACUCCAGAUGGCGUCCCGUUUACCUGGUGGCUAGGAAGAGCCAAUGAGAGGCAUUCUUACUGGGGGGGUUCAGGACCAGGGAUACAAAAGUGUUCCUGUGGUAUCGAACACAACUGUACUGACCCCAGACACUACUGCAACUGUGAUGCUGACCUGCGCACCUGGAGGGAGGAUGCAGGCCUGUUGGUGUAUAAAGACCAUUUGCCAGUCAGUCAGGUUGUGGUUGGUGAUACAAGCAGAGCUGGAUCUGAGGCCAAACUAACAAUAGGGCCACUCAAAUGCCAGGGCGACUGGAACUACUGGAACGCAGCAUCCUUCACCAGCCCUGCCUCCUACCUCCACUUCCCUUCCUUCAGAGGAGAAAUGAGCACCGACAUCUCCUUCUACUUUAAGACUUCCUCCACUCAUGGAGUCUUUCUGGAGAACCUGGGAACCACCGACUUCCUUCACAUUGAACUCAGAGGAGGCUCGGUGGUAUUCUUCUCUUUUGACGUGGGCAGUGAACGGCUGGAGCUCAGUGUCCACUCGCCAGUGCCUCUGAACGAUGACCAAUGGCAUCGUGUAGAAGCUGAGAAGAACAUCAAGGAGGCGGUACUGCAGCUUAAUGGACAGUACAGAGAGGUCAGACCCACCCCCCCACAGGGACACGCAAAACUGGAGUUCUACAGUGAGCUAUAUGUUGGUGCCUCGAGUGGUCAGAGGGGUUUUCUGGGCUGCAUGCGGGCUCUGAAGAUAAAUGGUGUGACCUUUGACCUGGAGGAGAGGGCAAAGGUGACUCCAGGGGUGAAUCCAGGCUGCCAGGGCCACUGCAGCAGCUAUGGGAUGCACUGCAGGAACGGAGGGAAGUGUGUGGAGCAGUACAAUGGAUACUCCUGUGACUGCUCCCUCACUGCGUACGACGGACCCUUCUGCACCGAUGAUGUAGGCAGCUACUUUGAGACAGGAACCUUGGUGCGCUAUGACUUCCUGCCAGAGGCGGGCACUUUUGGGUUGCGGGAGGGGAAGAGCCUAUCAGGUGUUGGUGUACCUAGUGAGGCCAACCUGACUCAGGAGGAGCUGGUGUUCAGCUUCAGCACCUCAAGCGCUCCCAGCAUCCUGGUCUACAUCAGUUCCAGGACUCAGGACUAUGUGGCUGUGGUGCUCAGGCACAACGGCACUCUCCAGAUCCGCUACAGUCUUGGGGGACUAACAGAACCUUACACCAUAGAUGUUGACCAUCGUAACAUGGCCAACGGACAGCCACACUCUGUCAACAUAACUAGGAAAUUAAGGGAGAUACGACUACAGCUGGACCACUACCCAGUGUCCACAUACACCCUACCUGAGGCCUCCGACACCCAGUUCAACUUGGUCAAAAGUAUCUUUCUCGGAAAGGUCUUUGAAACAGGACAGAUUGACCCCAUCCUAAUCGAGCGCUACAACACGCCGGGCUUUGUGGGCUGUCUGUCAAGAGUUCAGUUGAACAGUGUGGCGCCGUUGAAAGCUGCGCUGCGCUCGGGCCUGGCAUCACCCGUCAGCACCCAUGGGAUUCUGGUCCCAUCCAACUGUGGAGCCUCACCCUUGACCAUCUCUCCCAUGGCCUCGGCUAGUGACCCCUGGCACAUAGAAGCUGCUGGAGCUGUUUUCCCCCUCAGUGACGACAAGACCAGUGGUGAUGGAGUGGAUCGCAACUCUGCUGUAAUUGGAGGCAUCAUCUCCAUGGUGAUCUUCACUGUCCUCUGCAUCAUGGUGUUUGUGAUUCGCCAUAUGUUCCGUCAUAAAGGCUCCUAUCACACCAAUGAGGCCAAGGGAGCGGAGUCAGCAGACUGUGCUGACGCAGCGAUCAUCGUCAAUGACCCAGCCUUCACCGAAACCAUCGACGAGAGCAAGAAGGAGUGGUUUAUCUGAACCCCUCUCAACAACAUGGACACAUGACGUUAGGAUGUAUGUAGUUUUCUAAGCAUAGGGAGUAGUAGUGAGGUCACCACCUGUGGAACCUCGAGAAUGUACUGAGCGGUUUAUUCAAAAACUUUAUGGACAAUGGACACCGUGGCAUUACAGCGUGGGUAUUAAAGCAUAGGGCACAGUGCUGCCUGGCAGAGCCCGUGUGGAGGUGUGGAGGGGUUUAUUUUAACUUUAUUUACAAUGGACAGUGUGACAGGAUGACAGAGGACGGUGCCAUGAAGUUAGAUAGUUGGAUGAGUGAGUGUGUCCAUUAGCUUUUAUUUUAGUAGUUUUUUUAUAUAAUUUUUUAUUUGUUUUCAGUUUAACUUAUGUAAUUUAUUUAUUUAUUCAUAUUUAAAUCAUAUAUUUUUUCAUACGUUCUUUGUUUGCAUUUAUUUAUUUUUAUAGAUGAAUAUCUUGAUGCCUUUGUGCGAUGUGCUGGUAUUUCACAAAAUUAUGGCAUUAAUGGUAAUGAUCAUUAAUCUAUUAAUCCCAUUAAUCCUCCACAUCUGUAGCAAUGCUCAUAAAUUCCAGGGUUUUUUAUAUUAAAUCUCAUGUUUAAUCAUUUGCCUUAUUUUACAUUAAUUUCAGUAAAGUUUAAUUUUAGCCUCAAGACUGAAAACUUUGGUGUCUGUGUGUGUGUGUGUGUGUGUGUUAGUGUACUGACUGGCUUGCUUGUCUGCAAAGGAGACUUUGGUGCAUCUUUUGGACUAAGAACCGGGGGGGGGGAAAGCAAACGUCACACUUCUUUUUGCAUCUACAUAACUGACAGUGACUUUUGAGCAUUGAUUGUUGAAACUCUUAAUGAUUGCAUCUUUUAUUUUACUGUUUGCUGCCAAAUGAGUUCAUACUGUUUUUGUUUUUUUUUUCAGAUUUCUGAGGCAGAAGCUGUCGUUUGUUAGCAAUGCCAGUACACGAUAAUGCAAAAACGUUUGUCUAAAAGUGAUACCACACACCGUAAGGCUUCUUAACAUAAUUGCUGUUUAAGGACACUUCUUGUGUGCCAUUUGACCCAGAGUCAGAUAAGAUUAAGUUCAAUGUGUCCAGUACAGAGACAGGUGGAGGGGGUGAGGUUAGCCAAGCUUAGCACCAAGAUUGGAAGCAGGGGGGAACUGCUAGCCUAGCUCCAUCACAAGUGAACCAAUACACGUUUCAACAACUCCAAAGCUAUCUGAUUUACUCAUUGUGUGUUGUUAGCUAGAAAGCUCCUUCCAAGAGUCAGCUUUGUUAACAGUAGAGAUCAAACCUGACAGCCCCACUAUGAGGACAGGACUUUUGGUGUUUUGGUUGGUCAAGAAACAUCCUGAACACUAACGGCACCUACAACCACUAUGUAUUUUUUCUGUUUCUACACAAGAUAACAUGUGAAACACAUCGUGGAGUUGUUGGAAGCCGGCCUGUAGUCAGGGCCACUUAUGUCAAGUCUGAGACAAGUCCAAGUCUGAGACAAGUCCAAGUCUGAGACAAGUCCAAGUCUGAGCGGUUUUGAGAUAAAUUCAAGAGGGGGUCGAGUGCAAAUGGGCUUGACAUAAAAACAAAAACUGUUGUUUUUAGUGAAAGUCAACUGUGAUAUAACUUCAGUCACUCAUGUCAGUCCUCGAAGUUUGAAAUGUGAUAGAAACAGGAAACAACUUGAGAACAGCUGCCACAGGAGCAACUCGCAUUAGAAACAAAAUAUUCUUGCACAGUGUUACAAGCUAAGUCUGAUAUCUUGGUUUUUCUACAGUGAAGACACACCAUGGAAAACAAUCAGUAUCUGCACGUGUAUGUGAUAUUACAGAAUUUUGCGGGGUCUGGCCGCUGACAGGCAGCAGUCUGCCAGGAGAGCAGCCAGCCAUGCCGUCCUCAAAACAGAAAAUAAAAAGCUAACUGGUCUCGGCCCAGUCGACCAAAGACAAGGUGAGACCUGAGGCUGAGAUCGAGACAAGUCAAAACAUCCACAAGACCAGGACAAGUGUGAGAUAACAGAAAAAAACAUGUCGAGACAACUUGAGUACUACAGCCCUGGUUGGAAGGCGUUUGGCCAGCAGUUUCCCCCUGCUUCCUGUCUACUGGACCCGCCUCUCCACACUGGAUGAGCGAUGAUAAGUGAGAUGAUUGACAGCUGAAACUGAUACUGAUCAUCUCGUCUAAAGUAACAAGCAACACAAGUAACUUGCCAAAAUGCUUGUUUCUCUUUUCUUGAAAGAGACACAGAGUAAUCACCCUCUACUGGCAGCAUGUUAGGAAUUACACUUUCCCCAGCUACUGAGAAACUCUUUCCUUUUUCCAUUUAACGUAGUAUUUUGGAAAGAGAGAUUCACCAGUGUUAAUGAUAUUAAUUAGUUCAGGCUUAGUGCAUUUGGGGUUAGGAUAGUAUGGCAGAUGUGGCCAUGCGGAGGACUGAGGCCAGCUUCUGCCUAAUGGGGGGCGGCUACACUAACUCGUGGCCAGAGGCGGGCUGAAAGGACUGUUCGUUCAGCAUUCUUCCAAAAUCUGCUCUUCAAAAACCUGAGCUUUGUCUUUGAUUUUUCUGAAGUAGGAUGAUGUUUCUGGAAAAGAAUGUUACCCACAUACAAAACUAUGGCUUACAUCCUGACAUUUGAUUGUAUUGCAUUUGUAUUUCUUUGACUGCACUGCAGAGUAAUCGCAUGCUGUUUGACACUGAAUGACACACACAUUUCUGUUUGAUAAGCCACUGGAUCAUCGCUUUGCUUUUUCUUCAUGUUAUAUGUAUAAAACUUUGCCUAACUGUUGUUUUGUUGUAGUUGAUUUCUCAUUAUUUGUGCUAUUCUCAUUGUCUUGAAUGCUUCCUCUUGGAAAGACCAGUAAAAUAUCAGUACAAAUCUCA